AUGCGGCUUUUAUUGACAUUAGCUGUUGGUCUGCUCUCCGGGUCAAUAUGCUCGGCCGAGCAGCAUGUUGACCCGUCAGCGCCAGAUCAGCGGAAUCGUGGCAAUGUCCACAAUCAAGAGAAUGAGAUCCUACGACGAAAUGCAGAUAUUGAAGCUCGACUAGCUCAAACUCCUGUGCAGGGUGUGAAAAAGAUGUCCCACGACGAGGGCGAGAAAUUCUUCCUGGAUUACUGGACCUUUGUCGACGACUCUGUGGGCCGGCAAGCCAAGCGAGAUGUAGAGGGCGCGCCCAACGAGGAGCUCUUUUAUAAUAAUACGAACAUGGCUUCAGAGGACUCUGGCGAGUACGACAUGAUCCUGCCGAGACACUUCCCUGCCAAAACCUCACUUCCCCAAGAGCAGAGUGUGGACGGCGUGCUCGGGCGCCGUGACUUCAAGUGUCCGACCGACACAUACGCUUGCUUGUCCAUUGGACGCCCCGAUCGCUGCUGCAGUAUACAAGAUACCUGCCAGCUCGUCCAAGACGGGGUGGGACUAUGCCCGGCCAACUACGAGACAUGCCCGCAAGACUUGGGCGGCGGAUGUUGUAUUCCUGGCUACGAGUGUGUUCCUGGUGGCUGCGCAUAUGUUGCCGUGGUCACCAUAACCGUCCACUCGUCCGUCACAGUAUCAACCGUGACUUAUUCGACUACUCCGCAGACGCCUUCCUCGACUACCAGCGCCCAUACCACGAAGACCGAAACCACGGAUAGCCUCGUGCCGCCUGCGCGACCAACAAGUCUUACCACAGCAACCCAUGCGACCACCAGCCGGGUCGAUGUCUGUCCUACAGGGUUUUAUGCUUGCUCUGCGGUUUAUCAGGGAGGGUGUUGUCAGACAGGACGAGAUUGUGACACAGCAUCGUGUCCGAAGACCGCUUCGACCACAUUUGUGUCUGAUGGGGUGACUGUUGUCGAGCCUGUUGCGACCGGGGCUAAGGGAACGGGGGCAUGUGCUGGAGGCUGGUUUAGCUGUGCGGAUGAAGCGGGCGGAGCAAAGACAACAGUGGCCAAGCAGCAGGAGACCGGGAAAAGUAUUGCGACGCAAUUGAAGAGUAGCAGACUCGGGCUGAUUACCGACACCGGAAACUCCAUUCUCCUGCUCCGCUCGGAACAGCUUCCUCUCUUCUCUCUUCAUCUUCUUCAUCUCAGGACCACCGCCAUCAUGUCCGACAAGCAAGAGAAGCCCCUCCCCUUCGUUUACCAGUUCGCCGCCGGUGCGGUGGCUGGCGUGUCUGAGAUUUUGGUGAUGUAUGGCCCCCCCAGCGUUCCUGUCGAAGCAGACCGACCUACGAAAUACGAACCGAUCAAGGGAUAUGAGGGAAUUCUAAUUGACAAUUUGUGCGCUUAUAGGUACCCAUUGGACGUUGUCAAGACUCGAGUUCAACUUCAGAGUGGCGUCGCCACCGCAGGUGCAGAGCACUACACUGGCAUGUUCGAUUGCCUGAGCAAGAUUGUCAAGCAUGAGGGCUUCUCGCGCCUGUACCGCGGUAUCUCCGCCCCCAUUUUGAUGGAGGCUCCUAAGCGUGCCACCAAGUUCUCCGCCAACGACAGCUGGGGAAGCUUCUACCGCAACUUGUUCGGUGCCCGAAAGCAAACUCAGGGCCUUGCCGUCCUGACCGGUGCGACUGCCGGUGCCACUGAAGCGUUCGUGGUCGUCCCCUUCGAACUGGUCAAGAUUCGUCUCCAGGACAAGGCCUCUGCCGGCAAGUACAAUGGUAUGCUGGAUGUGGUUAAGAAGAUUGUGCAGACCGAGGGGCCUCUGGCCAUGUACAACGGUCUGGAGUCCACCCUGUGGCGUCACAUCCUCUGGAACGCUGGUUACUUCGGUUGUAUCUUCCAGGUUCGCGCCCAGCUGCCCACCCCUACCCCCGGCAACAAGAGCGAGCAGACCCGUAACGACUUGAUUGCUGGUACCGUUGGUGGUAUCGCCGGUACUAUCCUCAACACUCCCAUGGACGUCGUCAAGUCGCGUAUCCAGAACACCACCAAGGUUGCCGGCCAGGAGGGUUUCGGCGCUUUGUACAAGGGAUUCAUUCCGAAGGUGCUGCGUCUUGGACCUGGUGGUGGUAUCCUGCUCGUGGUCUUCACUGGUGUGAUGGACUUCUUCCGCAAGAUGCGUGCGGAGUAA